AUGCUGCUGCCCACGGUGCCGGCCAUGGCCAAGGGCAGGGUGGCCAGGACUACAGAUGAUGGGCCACUCCUAGACAAAGAACUAGCAAUAUUUUUGCGGUUUGAGUAUAAAGUUUGGCAUAGUAAAAAUCUUAGUGUUCUUCAGUCAUCAUGUUUCUCUCAGUUACUAAAGCUUGAAAAUUGUGUGACAGUUGCUCCGAGGUUUCUGAGGCAGCCGGCCAACGCUCUCGCCUAUGAGAAGGAGAACGUGGAGCUGGAGUGCAGCGUGUACGGCCAGCCAGAGCCCUCGCUCCACUGGCUCAAGAACGGCGAGCUGCUGGUGGAGACGGAAUACCUUCAGAGAACGCGUCCAGAACGUGAGUGCAGCUCCUCCAGCGAGGGACGGGAUGAAUACAAGACCCAGAUCAGCGACCUAAGUCCCGGGAGUAACUACAUGGUGCGGGUGGCGGCCCACACCUCCGGCAGCCUGGUGGGCGCCUCCAUACACGAGGUGCGGGUGUUCACCAAGCCGGACCUGGACCUGCCCUCCGCCUCAGAGUCUGAAAGUUGUCUCCACCUCACCCACCAGUCUGGAGGCCACUUGGUCGCCGCCCGUACUGGCCAAAACGCCCAUCACGGGAUACACCAUGUUCUAUACGCAGUUUUCUCCUCAGGUUGGGUCAGCAGAAGAACACGUAGUAAAGGUCACUGGUACGUCACAUGACCUCCAAGGCCUGGACCAGUUCACUGAGCACAGCGUGUGGCUCACCGCCGUCAACAGUAAUGGUGGGGGAGAUGCCACCCCGGAGGUCACUGCCAGAACCUUCUCAGACGUGCCCUCAAAGGAGCCUCAGAAUGUGAGCGUUGAGGCUGCCAGCUCAAGGGCGAGUUGUGGAAGGCUUCCAAGGCAAAGAUACAUUGUGAAACUCGUUUUUAAAUAGCUUUCUGCUCUGUUCGUUUCCUUCACAUCAUCUCUACAAGUUGCACAUUCAUUGUUUCAGUAUUUUUAACCCUUGCACAUUCAUUAUAUUUGACCCGUCUGCUGCGAUUGGCAUGGAUUUGGCCUUCACUGGUAGCCUGAAAACAUUUACUCCCAUGUCUUUCCCUGGCUCUGUGGUGGAUAGUGGAGUGUAUCCAGUGUGGCAUUGGUGCGCAGGAUAUCCCCUCCCAAGCUGCAGGACUUUACAUUUUUCUCCACUGAAUUGUAGCAGCCGGUUUGUGUUCCAUUCCUGUAGCUUGGUGAGGUCUUCUGGUAGGAAAUCCACAGUCAGGGGGUUAAGUUGAAGCAUUCAUGGCCUCACACAAUGUUCAAACUUUUUAAGAUUGUAUUUUGAUAAUUUAUCGUAUAACUUUUUUCCCUCACACGGCCUUUCCCUUCAGAGCCUCAUCAUCUGCUGGGAGCCUCCGCUGGCCGAGCACCAGAAUGGGAUCAUCACCAGCUGCAAGAUCCGCUACAAAGAGCGCGGCGAGUCAGGUUCCUCCAAGACCAAAGCCACAGACGGAAACAGACGACUCUUUGCCCUCAAGAAAAGCACCACAUACUCCAUAAAGGUUUAACCCAUC